GUAAACAAGCAUAAAGUUGGAUAAAGAAAAAUGAGCGAUAUUACGCGAAAAAGAUCGGUUGCAAGGUUACAGCCAAUAAAAAAGUGGCAGGCUCGAGAGGUGGAGCUCAUCCUGGACUUUCUUGAAGAGGAGCCCAAGUUUGAUUUCCAACUGCACAAAUGUUUUAUACAAAAUUUAUUGAAAAGACCCCCAUAGAGGCUACCCCUGAGCAGGUGCGCUGGAAGGUGCGCCACCUCAAAUCGCUUUACGUAAAAGCCAACGAUUCGCUGAAUUCAACUGGAGCUGGCGUACUUGAAGGAGAAGAAUCCAUAGAAGGCAGGAUACUCAAAAUAUGUCCACACUAUAGGCGUCUCCAAAAUAUAUUUGAGCCACGAGGCAUAGCACUACGGGCGCCACUGCUAGUGACAGAAUCACCAUCGACAGAGCUACCAUGGCUAUCAACAGAACCACCAUGGAUAGAAUUACCAUCAACUGAAUCACCACCAGCCAUAGCGACAUUGGCAUCCGUUUCACCAACACUGUCAUCAACUAUUACACAGUUAGUUGAAAGCGAAGUUCCUUCACCACGUUCGCCAUCGUUGCCAGUUGAGGAGGCACUAAUCCCAAGCUCAUCCACACCAAAGCAAUCAGGGAAAACUAAAGCACGACCAAGAUCUGCUAUGGGACAAUUAGCUACAAUUCAAAAGGAAAGAAUGCAGUUUGAAAGUGAAAAAUUAAAAGUUAAGAAGGAGGCAGUUGACAUAGAAAAGAAAAGAUUAGACAUAGAUGAAAAGAGAGCAGAAAAUGAUAAAUAUUUCCGCGAAAAAGAAUUAGAUUUCAAAUAUAAAGAGCUGGAAAUGAAGGAACGUAUUGCGAAAUAUGAAAUAGAUAAAAAAUAUGGAACCUAAAAGUGUUCAAUGUAGUAUUGGAUAAAUUUGUUUUUAUCUCUUUGUUUA